UACCAGCCAACUACGCGCAUGCGCAUGCCCGAAUCGCCUUUGCCCGCUGCCCGCCAUGCGCCGUUUCGCAGAGAGCACGCCGUGCCCUGCGCCGCAUCUCUUCGCAAGCCAUCGCGACGCCCACGACAGCCGCCGCACGUCCAUGUAUGCGCCCGCCUACUCGACCGACGGCGACACCACGGCCAACAUUGAAUACACAACCGAGCUCAAGGCGAGCCUGCGCAAUGCGAAGCCCAGGCGCCCCGCGCGCAGCAUGCGCCAGUCGACCUUCAACCCCAGCCUGGACAUCUUCGAGGACGUCGCACAGGAGGAGCAGGCCGCCUUGGAGACGAAACGACGCAGCAGAGCCUCCGUCAUGCCCCCAGGCGUCGACAAGAAGAGCUCCAUUCUUGCCCACAAGCCCCAGAGGAUACACAUCCCCGCGCCCCCGGUCAGCGAGGCCCCGCCGCAGAGGCCGCAGAGGAGACGCGUGUCGCAGCUUCUGGUGGACAGACAUGAGGCGCCGGAUGGCAAUGCUACCGCGCAACUGCAAGAGGUGGCCCUGGACCAGAGGGAGCUGCGGAAGCAAGGCCCCAGGAAAGAUCCGCGGCGGAGGACCAUAUACGUUCCCUCGGACGAUACGACCAUGUUCACCAUCCACCCGGGACAGCCCACCCGCAAACCGCGAAAUCCGCGAGAGCACUCGCCCGACACUGGACUGGAACUCGUAACACUGUCGGAAGAGGAGGCUGAGAACCUGGUGUCCGCACUGAAGCAGGACAAGGUCCCGCGCAAAUCUCUGGCUGCGCCUCCCAAGCGCGCUCCACUGCUGCAGACGGCGCGCCAAAGCCAGUCCUUCUCCCACGACGUACAAGGCCAGGGUGGUGGAAAGGAGAAUGUCCCGCCGGGCAUGCAAGUAUUCGAGGGCAAGGCUGGCACCCACAUCGAGUUCAACUUCGCCAAAGAAGACCAGAAGAAGCCCGCACCCAAGCCAUCAAGAGUGCACUUCACCAGCAAGACGUCAGAAGCCAGCUCGCAGACGAGGACCAAGACCGAAGGCACCCAGAAGCGCUUACGACCUCAGUUCAGCCAGGAAGCAUCGCCCGCCAAAUCCAUCAAAGCGAAAGCCGACAGCGUUGCAUCCUCCGUUCGUACGAUUUCCUCGCGCACUUCGACCACCACCAGGUCAUCCGUCAAGACUGUCAAAAGUCGCGCUUCGUCAAGACCAAGUACCGCGUUGUCGUCUUCAUCUCCAUUCCACACAGACCGAUCUCCACCAACCGCCCUUCGUCGGAGGAAAAUGGAGCGAGGACCCGUAACCAUCACCAUGAUGCACGAGGUCGGCAGACGAGCGCCACCCAAAGAAAAGUAUCCCGUCUUGACCGAGGACCUCGCUCGACCUGAGUUAUACGAAGACAAUUGGCUCACCUACCAAGAGAUCGCCAUCACUCAGCUUAUCAACUCAAUGUUCGAUUCUGCCAGCAAAGAUCCGAAUGCAGAGCAGAGCGCAGAACAGCUGAGGCAGAAACUGCUCGACAUGUAUCACGAGCCCUCUAUGCCAUCUUUGCAUAAGCGACUGCAAGCUUCGUUGCAGUAUGGCGCGUUGAGCAUCCCAAAGGACCUCUUGGCACAGACUCUGAGACUCAAGGACGACGUGGGUCUACGUAAGAAAUUCCUCAACUUGUGGGUGAAGUCGUACGAUCUUACUUCGCUGCGAGCCGCCGCCGAAACCAUCAUCGGACGUCAGCUUAACGUGCCGUCAAGACUGUCAAGUGGCUCCACCAGUUCAGACGACGGUUCCCGCUUGAUGCGAGCAGAGCGAAGGGCCAUUGAGAACUUCCUCGAUGCUUUUCUUAUCCGCAAUGAAGACGCUGUUCGUGUUAAGAGUGGCAUGGGCAGCAUCGCAAGCAUUGCUCGCAGUGACCUUGGCGAUGAUUUUGGCUCACAAGCUUGGUCUUGGAGACGUACAGCACUCCGUAGCUUGAUGCUCGUAUACCUCCUCGACAAGGCCAAAAAUGCCAAUCUGCUUUCUGGCUGUCUGUUCCAGUCGACAUCGACCUACAAGACCUCCACCGAUGUGCUGCAUGCCUUGGCCAGCUUGCUUCUUCCAUCUCAUGGCGACAUAACUCGUCCGCUGGGACACCUCAACUACAAAGUCAGUCACGUCCAGUACCCUUUGCAGGAGUACACAUACCAUAUCGACAACAUCGCCAUCGAUCUUCGAGAUGGUGUGGUCCUGACUCGCUUGGUUGAGCUUCUAAUUUACCCGCCUCCUACACUCACCGCGCAGCGAGAAGAUACUGUCACAAUCACUAUGCCGACUGGUGAUGUUCUCACCAGCGCUGUUGACUUCACGUCAAAGGAGAGCUGGGUGCUUUCCCAGCACCUCAAGUUUCCAUCUAUCGGCCGCGCACAAAAACUCUACAACGUACAGGUCGCCCUCGCAGCUCUCGAUGGAGUACGCGGGCUUCCGAUCCAAGUGGUCGGCGGCAUGACCCCGGAAGACAUUGUCGAUGGCCAUCGUGAGAGGACUUUGUCGCUCCUCUGGUCGCUCAUAGGCAAGCACGGCUUGGGAACUCUGGUCAAUUGGACACAGCUCACAAAGGAGAUCGAGAGGUUCAGGGAUGCGUGGUACAGUAGGCGGGAUAACUACGGACAGCGCGACCUAGACUCCGAAGACGACGAGCCAACCUCGGAACUUACAGGCCUCGAACACCACAAGCGCCUCCUCCUAUCUUGGGCUCGCUGCGCCGCGCGCACAUACGGUCUCCGCGUUACGAACCUCACAACCUCCUUCUCGAACCCAAAGGUCCUCGAAGCUAUCGUGGACACCUAUCUCCCCUGCACGCUGCUAGACACGACACCUUCGUCUUCUCUGAGUCUCGCGGCAAAACUCGAAGCAAUCGGCUGCUCCACAUCCUUCAUCGCGCUCUUCGCCUCGCCCAAGACCUCCAUCCUAUCCAAAGACUUCACGCUCCUCACGCUCUCCUUCCUCGCCAGCCGCCUCCUCCCCCUCAAUGUCACCCACCGCGCUGCAUCCACCAUCCAGCGCGUCUACCGCGCUCGUCUCGCGCGUCGCGCUCUCCACCAGCGGAUCGUAAAGGCGCAGAUCGCGCACGAGGCGGCGGUCGUGGCGCAGGCCCGCGAACGCCUACUCGGUGCUGCGAUGCUGGUGCAGCGGAGGUGGAGAGCCGUGUUGGACGGGAGGAAGAAAGAUUUGGAAGCACAUGCGGUGCUAUUCCAGAGUUUGGCGAGGGGUUGGGCGAUUAGAAGAUGGGCGAGGAGGGUCACGGGGGGUAAGGUGGGUGGAAAGGAGAAGGUGAGGAGAGUGAGGGGUGGGUGGUAG